CCUCGGCUCUGCUUGGCUGGCGCUGUCUGUGUUUACCUCUCAGCCCAGCGCCGCAGCCGCUGCAGCUCAUCCUCCUCCGACACUGGUGUGAGGGCCCUCGUUUCUCAUCCUCAGUGCUGUGUGUCGGUGGCUCUGUAGCCGAGUUGUAAGAGAUGAAUAAGGAAAUCAUGUCACGUGUGUUAAAGAAGAGGCUGGCCGACCCCAAGGUGGUCCAGUACGUGUGGGCGGCCAUCGAGGUCAUACGCAACCAGAAACAAAUCGCAAACAUGGACAGGAUUUCAAAGUACCUGAGCCGCGUGUUUGGCAUGCACCCCAAAGAGACCGCCCGCCAGCUGAGCCUGGCCGUGAAAGACGGCCUGGUGGUGGAGACGCUCACUGUCGGCUGCAAAGGCUCCAAGGCCGGCAUCGAGCAGGAAGGUUACUGGCUGCCUGGAGAGGAGAUGGACCCGAAAGCAGAGGGCAGUAAGGACUGGGAGGCGGAGAGCCACGACUGGUACUGCUUCGACUGUCACCUACCGGGCGACGUCCUCAUGUGCGACAACUGCUUCCGAGUCUAUCACCUCAAGUGUCUGUCGGACGAGUGCAAGCCCCGGGACGGAGGCUCGCAGUGGCAGUGUGUCGUCUGCAGGGGCAGUAAAAAGAAGAACCUGAACAAACAGGAAAUGAGUAAAUACCUGCGUUUUAUCGUCCAGCGAAUGAAGGAGAGGGCUGUGGAUCUGAACAAGAAAGGCAAAGACAUUAAACAUCCCAUGUACAGACGACUCAUCCACACGGCACUGGACGUCAACAACAUCCAUGAGAACCUGGCUGAAGGAAAGUAUAAAAGCUUCGACGAGUUCAAAGCAGACGCUCAGCUCAUUGUUCACAACACUUCCAUUUUGUACGGAGUUCACAGCGACCAGGCGGAGAUCGCGCGGUUGCUCUUCAGCGACACGUGUCACGAGCUGAACGAAUUGUUGUUGUGUAAGACCUGUUUCUACCUGUCCAACGCUCGGCCCGACAACUGGUUCUGUUACCCUUGUAGUCCCACUCACGACCUGGUCUGGGCCAAGAUGAAAGGAUUUGGUUACUGGCCGGCCAAAGUCCUGCAGAGGGAGGACAACCAGGUGGACGUGCGCUUCUUUGGACACCAGCAUCAGAGAGCGUGGAUACCCGCAGACAACAUCCAGGACAUCAAGGUGAGCAUCCAGCAGCUGCAGGUGAAGCGCAGCAGCGGCUGGAAGAAGGCGUGCGAGGAGCUCGAGGUUUACCAACGCUUCCUGAAGGAGGGACGCUACUGGAAGACAAAGACGGAGGACAGCAGCAGCCCGCCACACAGAGAGAGCCUGCGGCAGCAGCAACAGCAGGAGGAAGAAGGGGAGGAAGAGGAGGAAGAGGAGGGCAGCAGCAUGAGGACAGACAGACUGGAGCGGACAGAAGAAGCCGAGUCCAGCAUCUCGUCCACGAGCAAUGAGCAGGUCCGACAUCUCAAAGGCAGUCAGGAGCCCAAAGCAAAGAAGAGCCGUCGGACUCAGAUGCUCGAGCCCAAAGAAGAAGCCAGUGAACCAGAACCGGAGAUGGAGGCCGUGAGCUCCAGCCAGGAGAUUCCCGUGUCCUCGGCGCCGCAGCAGCCCGAGAAGCUGUCCGUGUCCACACAGACCAAGAAGGCGAGCGGCGGGUCGCCGCGCACGCUCCACCGCGGCACCCAGACCAACAGUGACAGCGUCUGUCAGAACAUGUGCCACGAGAAAUACACCAAGGUGUUCAACGACGUCAAGGACAUGAUGAAGGCCGACAACAAGAGGGAGACGGAGCGCGUCGUCAGGGAAGCUCUGGAGAAGCUCCGUGCAGAGAUGGAGGAGGAGAAGCGACAGGCGGUGAGUAAAGCCGUGGCCGGCGCUCAGGCAGAGAUGGACAGGAAGUGUAAGCAGGUGAAGGACAAGUGUAAAGAAGAGCUGGUGGAGGAGGUGAAGAAGCUGGUGGCUCAACACAAGCAGCUCAUCUCCCAGACUAAGAAGAAGCAAUGGUGUUAUAACUGCGAGGAGGAGGCGAUGUACCACUGCUGCUGGAACACCUCAUACUGCUCCAUCAAGUGUCAGCAGGAGCACUGGCACGCCGACCACAAACGCACGUGCCGCAGGAAGAGAUGAAGCCACAGGCCCCGCCCCCUCUCCCACCUGCACAGCACCUGUCAGUCAGUCUACCACACACACACACACACACACACACACACACACACACACUCCUGCUUCUUUACUUGCCUUCCUGAGAAACUUUUGAGGACGUUCUCUGCGUGAAAAAGAGCGAUUUUUAUUUUUAAAUUACUUUAUCAUUUCUGUUAUUUAAUGUUUUUCUUUUUUCUUCUUUUGUCCUCUGUGCGAGUGCGAGCACCGAGUCUCGCUGUGGACAAUGUCUUUGUCUUUGUUUGUUUUAUUUUGUCUUUACUGAAGUGCUACUUUUUGAACUUGUGUCAGAAUGUGUUAUUUAAGUGUGUCGUAACAACACAUGAGCAUUAACCCAGUCAUUAUUUUAUUACCUGAAACCUUUUUUAAGAGAAAGAAUCACUUUUCUUACUGUAAAUGCAAACAGAGAAACACACAACUUGUGUUGACUCACUUUCAUAGAGAAAAACGUUCUUUAAAUAAAACCAAACAAACACAGUAACACAGAUAUAGAAUAGUGGAUGAGAUGGCUCACACACAUUUAAGGGAUAGUUCAGGUUUUUUGAGAGUGGACACUUUUAAACGGGGACUCUGAAUCUGAAGUUCACUCUCCCACACACACACACACACACACACACACUCACUCUCCCACACCAAACCUCAGAGAGUAAAUCAGUGAUUUAACGUCACACACACACACAGGAGCUGCUGAUACUCUGCUGCCUCCAUCACUAACUUCUAAUGACUUAUUUUAGCACUAAAGUGUUUGAAAUUCUUUGUUCAGAUUAACCUCAGUGACACAAAGUGACCACACGAGGCAGCAGAGGACCAGCAGCUAAAAUCACUGAUUUUCUCUGUGGACUUUGGUGUGAGAGAGUGAGUGAAAGUCAUGACACCUUAAGAAUUAUGUUCUCCACUAGCUGCUGCUCCUCUGCUGCCUCGUGUGGUCACUUUGUGUCACUGAAAUAAAUUGGAAUGAAGAAUUUUGAAUGUGGAACUUAGUGAUGGAGGCAGCAGUGGAUCAACAAUUGUGUUUGUGUGUGUGUGUGAUGUUAAAAUCACUGAUUUUCUCUGUGGGCUUUGGUGUGUGUAUGUGUGUUAUAAGUGUGUGUCACAGUGAGAUAAGGAUGUGAUCAUGUUCUUAAAGACAUCAUAGACUGACGUGGAUUUUUUGUUAAGCGGCUAAAAUAAUUUUUUUCAAAAAACACAAACCAUUCCUUUAAUGAACCUUUUUUUCAUGAAACUUUUAUAAUUUUACCUGAAAUCAAUUUUUCUUAUUCGGAACAGGGUCACGAGGUCGGACUGGGCAGACGCCGUAAUCUUCCGUUUGUUAAUAAUUCUAAUGAACGUUAUUAUGCACAAUUUAGCUGUUGUUUUGUUUUCAAUCAUUUUAUCAGUCAAAGUCAAAGUUUCCUGUGAUUUGACAGUUUUACUACCUUUUUUUUUUUUUUACUAUCAUUAUUAUUAUUUUUUUUUAACGCCCUGAUGUUUUGUAAAAUUUCCAAAAUGUGAUAUUUGGGUGAAAGUUUUGGUGAUUGCUUCUACAAAUGAGGAGAAAAGUUUGUAUAUUUUUCCCCGAGCAUCUUCAUUGUCAUUUUUAUCGUUUUACGUUAAUUUUGUAAAGGGUGCUUUCUGUUUUCUCUUUUCUUCGCUCGCAUGUUGACAAACGUCUUUUUCUUCUUUGUUUUCAUGACGGUAAAAAAGGUGUUUGAUAAAUGUUGAAGAUGGAUGGACCAAUAUAAAACUUUAUGCAAAUGUGAACGAUGAAAUAACGUUUGUUCGGUGUUUGAAAUGUUCUGCUUUUUUUGUUUAAAAACAUUUUGGCUUUUUUUUUUCUUUUUCUUUUUUUUUUUUAAACGUAACUUUUAAAGUUUCCUUCGUUAUGAAGACGUGACUGAACUGAGGAAAAGUUUUUUAUUCUAAGAUAAACCAACGUUAGUUUCCGUUAAUGAGGAAAAAAAAUUACAGUUAAUUCUCAAAUUGUGGGCGGAGCAAACUACGCUUUUAUUUCCUUAUAUUUUAGAAAACUAAACGUAUUUCGCGUUUCAGAUUUGUAUAUAUUUGCUAACGAUGCGGCCAAAAAAAUUAAACCAAGUCAGUACCGAUAAUUUUUGUGAUGCAGUUUUAAAGGUCCAGUGUGUAAGAAACAGUGACAUCUAAUGGUGAGACUGCAGAUUGCGACAAAUCCAUUUUAUGUUUUUUAAAAAACAUUUCUUUUGUAAAGUUUAAGCUAACUGUUUUGUCAGACUGCAAGUUUUAUUGUUUUUGUGUCAGGUUAUGUGGGCAGAGCUGUUUUUCUCCACUGAAAAAAUGCGAAACAUAUGCGGGAUCUUGGCUAACGUACAUAUAACAACACUCUUUAAACCUACGGUAAUAAUUUUAAAACUGAUUAAAACGUACGUACGUAUGUGUCGUAUAUUCAACUUCACAAGCUGGACCUUUUUAAAAUGUCAAGUUAAACACAAUCGAAGUAAAAAUGUUCGCGAUAUGUAUUUGUUUACAUAUAAAAGUCGCAAUUUGUAGCAACGCAAUUAGCGAAUCACAAUCACUGCAAACUUUAGUUGUUUGAGGCUAUUUGAAAGUAAAACGCCGUAAACUGUUCACGUUAUUAACGCGUUAAAGAUUGGCCGUUAAUAUUUUGAUAGUUAUUAAAACGCAGUGAUUGAUUUAAACUGAACUGAGAGCACAUUUGUUUUUAGUUGAGCUGAAAAUCACGAGUCUCUCGCUCGUCGUCUGUCGUUGAGCUUUGUUUGAGUGCAUCACUUAAAAAAUGUCUCAUGUUCAGAUUUUUUUCUAAAUGUGUGUUUGUAUGAGGUGCUGUGAGCGCCCCCUGCUGCUGAGACCCAGGUUCAAGCAUUCAUCUCAUUGAGACACACUUUUAUAACAGGACAGUGAAGUUUGUAAACCACUCACUCUCUCACACACAUGCACACACACACACUCACUUUCCCACACCAAAGUCCAAAGAGAAAUCAGUGAUUUUAACAUCGCACACUCACAGGAGUUGUUGAUCCCCUGCUGCCUCCAUCACUAAGUUCAAACGUGUUGAUGAGUUUAUUUCGGCAUGUGAAAUCCUUGGUUCAGAUGUACUGCAGUGACACAAAGUGACCACAUGAGGCAGCAGUAGACCAGCAGCUCCUGGACUUUGGUGUGGGAGAGGGUCUUUCAUUCAUGAGUUAAAAUCCAUGCCAUGUUUUUAUCAGCAGGGGGCGCUCACAGCCACAAGUAUACCUCCUUUUUUCUUGUUUUUUUCCAUCAUUAUUGCACUACGUGUAAAUAAAGCGUCCGUCACAUUUUUCAUGUACAUAGUAAAUGAAAUUCACCAAACCUUCGUUUUCUUCGGGAUGACUGUUAGUUCUUGUUUUGUACAAUGUACAACCUUUUAUGGUGAAAAAAAGCAAAGUUGCUUUUGUUACCACGACCUUUUGACCUUUGUGUCAUGUUCAGCAUGGAUCUCCUCCAGUUUUCUCUUUUAAUUUUUGAUUUUCAUGAAACACCGCACUGCACCUUUUAAUGUACCUGAUUAAUUCAACAUGUUGAUUUUUUUUAAACGUGAUGUUUUAGAACCAACCAAUAAAUGCAUGACAGGUUUGUUGUGACCUGUGACCUCUGCUGCUUCUUCACUGUUUUUAUAUUUGUCCAUCCAGACACAAAGGCUUUUUUUCACACUUUAUUUCUCUGUUUUUUUACCUGCAUGAGUGAAUCUGUGGCUCCUCUUCUGUCUUCUUCUUCCUCUGAUGUAAACAAGGACGUAUUUUCACUCCCUCACAUCGAUGCAAGAAGACAAUGACGCUUUUUUAUUUUUCUAUUUUUCACACUUUUAUUCGUCUGUGACUUUGAGUUAAAAAUGCUUUUACUUGUUUCAAGUGAAACUUAAUUCAUGUCUUUGUCUUCUGUUCUGUCCACAUGUAAAAUAUUAAUCGUGGCUUUUUUAAAAAAACAAACAAACAAUGCUUUAGCUAGCAAUAUGUAUAUAAUAUAUUAUAUGUGCUAACAUGGAGGAAAUAAAUGUAUCAACCAUU